AUGGACGGAAAUGUAUAUCCCCAUAUUUAUGUGGAGAGAACCCUGGCCAUCAUUAAACCGGAUGCCAUCCACAAAAGUGAGGAGAUUGAAGACAUUAUCCUAAAAUCUGGAUUCACUGUUCUGCAGAAGCGGAGGCUGCAGCUAAGUCUAGAGCAAUGCAGCGACUUCUACGCAGACCAGCAUGGAAAGUUCUUCUUUCCCGACUUGACCGCCUUCAUGAGCUCUGGACCCAUCAUUGCCAUGACUCUGGCCUGCAACAAUGCUGUUGCACAUUGGAAGUCCCUUAUAGGGCCGGUCAACAGCAAUAUGGCUAAAGAAACUAAUCCAGAUUGCCUUAGAGCAAAAUAUGGCACUUCUGACCUGAAAAACGCACUCCAUGGCAGCAAGUCAUUUCAUGCAGCUGAGAGAGAGAUCAAAUUCAUGUUCCCAAACUCUGUAAUUGAGUCAGUUCCUUCAAAAGAGGCGACUGAAGAAUAUCUGAACAGAUAUGUUAACCCAACUCUGCUGCGCGGACUCACUGAGCUCUGCAAGCACAAGCCACUCAACCCCUGUGUUUGGCUUGCUGAUUGGUUGAUGAAAAACAGUCCAAACAACCCACAAAUAUGUGAUGGAGUCCCUGUAAAAAAGCAAAAUGGCGAACACUGA